ACUAGGAGUUGUAUCAACUUCCGCUUUGUUGUUCCUGCAAAGUUGUGAGAAGUGACACUUAUCAUAACGAUGCAUUUACACUGGCUUUAAUACAGACUUGUUGGGAAGCAGAACGUUUAUUUUAAUCUGGUGAUCAUUGGCAAACAUGUCGUACACAAAGAUGUCUCCUCCAGUAUCCCCCACGGGGUCCCCUCCCUCCUCACCUCUCAGUAGCUAUGGAAACGGCUUCAGUGGACCCUCCAAGUCAGAGGCUAGACUGACAGCGACUGCAAAGAGACGAAAAUAUUUCCGACGCUUGUUCAAGUUUCGUCAAAUGGACUUUGAAUAUGCUUUCUGGCAAAUGGUGUUUCUGUUUUCAUCCCCACAAAAAGUGUAUCGGAAUUUCCAAUAUAGGAAACAUACAAAAGAUCAGUGGGCCAGGGAUGAUCCUGCCUUCCUUGUUUUACUCAGCUUCUGGCUACUAGCAUCAUCUGUUGGUUUUGUUGCUGUGCUGGGACUCAGUGUAGUGGCUUUCAUCAAGUUCUUCCUGUGGGUAGUGUUCUUGGACUGCAUUGGAGUUGGACUGGUUAUUGCAACCCUGCUAUGGUUUUUGACCAACCGCUACAUGAUCACAGCACCCCCUAGAGGGCAGGAUGUUGAGUGGGGCUAUGCGUUUGAUGUCCACCUCAACGCUUUCUUCCCUCUACUUCUCAUCCUGCAUUUCUUCCAGCUGCCACUGCUGCAUCAUUUCAUCAACCAAGAAUAUUUCAUAUCCUGUUUCUUCGGCAACACGUUGUGGCUUAUAGCUAUUGGCUACUACAUCUACAUAACAUUUCUUGGAUACAGUGCAUUGCCUUUCUUGAAGAACACUCGGACGUUACUAUAUCCCAUCACAGGCAUGGUGGUCGUGUACAUCCUGUCCCUCAUCUUUCAGUGGAACUUCAGCUGGGGGUUGUGUAGCUUCUAUCGCAAUCGGGUAAUGUAGGCUCACCCUCAACCGUGACCAUUGGAAACUGCUUUAUGCAAACUCUACAGACUUGUGGGAUACUCCAUUGACCCUGAUAUCAAUAUCAUGAAAAACUGUAACCAUGACUCCCAGGAGCUGGUCACUGGUGGAAUUGUCAAUAUCACAGAUGUUUCCUCAGAGGAUGUUGAUUUCAAGAAUGGAGGCAUCACCUGUUGCCCUGUGAUUGAUAUGGUCUCACAGGUCGACGGAGAGACCAGGGUGUUCUUGAUCAUGUUGAUGAACAUUUCGCUGUUGAAAUGUGUCAAAGGAAUAAAGCAGAGCUGUUUCUGCUGGGGAUAUGUCAUUACAGUGUGGUUCACACCAUCAUCAUGUUGAGAAGACACUAUCUAUUUAUCUGUUUAUGCUUGAAUGUGGGAUAAAGAAAUACAAUAUAUAAUCCCACACUGACUGCUUCAGGGGACUGUAUUAUAGCCAGUUCUGCUGAACAUGACCCCUGUCCCCAACUACGACAGUGUGAGACAAUAUACCCUGGAGGAAGUGUCUACUGUGUCUAACUGGGUGUUUACUUGGUUACCACUAAGUGUUAUGAGGGUUGCACUAUAAUGAGGGAAUUUCCAUAUACUGUGUUACAUGGUAGCAGAUUGCCAACAUCUGGUGAGUUAUGACUUAUAUCUAUUGAGUGUUAUGUAAAAAUGUCUAUGGUACUCUGAGUAGAGUUGGCAAUAUAUCAUGUAUCAACUAUUGAUCUUUACCCAUCAGACUUCUGGAUUCCAGACAGCAGCUUUUCAUCCAUGUGAUAAUAUAAGAUUAUUUAACGUUCUCCGUGUCAGGCUGUUCUUGCUGUAGCUUAGAGUGUGCUGCAACAUUGAUUUGUAUGAGUGGAGAAACACUUGAGUACAUUCUGUCUUAUCAGGGGCUGAAAAAUGGAAAUCUAUUGACUUUCAGACCACAGCUUUUUUUCAUAAGGUUUGCAGGCAAGCUGUCUCUGUUUGAUGGAGGAAGGAAAUUGAUACCUUAUGUUGGAAGUUUUUGUAAUAAAAGUAGCAUGGGAUAUUUUUGAAGGGAUUAGCUUAACUGAUUCAGUUAAAAUAUAUCAUGCCCUAUCAGCAUUUGCUCAGCCAGUUAGAAAUGAUUGAAGAAAUUAGGUUUUGACAAGUGUUUUUGAAAACAUUUACCAUGCCACAGACCAGGUGUGUUUUGUCUUUUUUGUUUAAUUUUGUAUUUUGAAACAAAUCCUGAAUCUUUGCAUUCAUAAAUCAGACCAUGUCAAUAGAUUUUUUACCUGCAUGUUUAUAAAAAUAACCACAGGUAUUUCAGCUCUUCGUUUCUAAUGUAAUAUAUGCUUGGACUUGUGAAUCUGGUAUGUACAGUGAUCGCAAUGUUUAAUUUAGAAAUUAUUACAGAAAUACUAUUUACCUGACAUAUGACAUAGUUACUGCUAUCAUUAAGCACUAUCUGUGCCUGUUCUGUUAUUUGUGUGUGUCUGUUUUUUUAAUUAUUCAGAGUAUUUAACUGUAGGAUCUUGGGAGGAGAACCUCUGGUUUGUUGGGCACCUGUGUACAUUGUACAUGUACAAAUACUUCUUUGUAUAUUUCUAUUUCACCAUCUGUGUAUGUAUGUACAUACUGAUAUGUAUGAAUUAUGUAAUUAUGUGUAUAUAUUUGUAAAUAAAAGUGGGAAACAUU